GGUUCGGUUACUGCAUUUUUUAUAAACGAUAACCGGUUAAGCGCACACGAAAUAACCGGAAUUUCGAAAAACCGGUUAUUCAAUUAACCGGUUAUUUUUGCCUAUCCCUAUCUUCGACCACCAAACAAAAAUUGACUGAUUAGCUGUGCUGUGCCGCUCUGCCUGUUAACAAAUUUUUCUCUUAAUUUGACGUUUCGACAGUGUGACAGUGGUGCGGUUCAGUUCUAUGAGUGAAUUUUGGUUACAAAUCGGAAAUGAACCAAUGUCGUAGCAGAAAAUAAUCUGGGAAUCCCCUUCCUUGCUCUUCUAAACGUGCCCAACCUGCAAAUGCAAACACGUGUAAUGUGCUGAGUGUGUAAAAAUACUGCUAUAGCUACAAAUUGAGUAUACGCCCAGAAAACUUUUCACACAAAUUCUACUUUGCAGAAUAAUAUGGGCAAAAAGAAGCAAAGGAAAAACAAGAAAGCUCGGGCCAACGAAUUUUUAUCUAUAACUUCUAUGCCAGAUAAAAAUGAGGAUAGGAGUGAACAGAGUCAAAGCGGGAAGAGAAGAAAUGAUGGAGAAGGUUCCCAACGUACUACAGCACCCCGUUCAAGUACUGCAUCACGUGAAACAAAGCAGUCUUCUUCACUAAAUGACAGUGGCUUAGACGAUAGUCGAGAAACAGCUGAGUCAGAAUCAGUUACUAGAAGUGGUAUAGAUACCAAAUUAACUGCAUCUGAGCCAGUGGAUCUCUAUGGCAACCAUACUGUUGAUCCUGAGGCACCUGCUAUUUUAACUGAGCAGGUGAUGAGACUUGAUAUUCAACAUAAUACAGAUCAGAGCUUCGGUUUAAAUCUGAAUGCUGAUGCUCCUGUAUUCAUUCCAACAUUUAAUGAAAAAUCCACCAGUGAUGUAGCAGUUAGUUCUUGUGAUUGGGACAGCCAUCCAUCUAUGAAUUUGAAACCAACAUUAAGUGAACAAUCAGAUUAUGCAUCAUGUCAAUCUACUAACUUUUCAAAUGCAAAUAGGCACUCUAACAAGGCUGGACCUGUAGACAGUAGUUCCCAAGAUAGCAGAAAACCUGGAGUUCGAUGCAAAUCUCAUGAGGUUUCUAAACAUUCUGAUCUUUCAGAUGACUGCACUACUGCAGUAGAUGAAGAAAAAUAUAGAUCAAAGAGUGCAGAGAAAACACGCAAAGGCAGAUCAAAAAGUCGAGAUAGAAAGUCAGAGAAGAAGCAUAGAUCAAAGAGUCGUAGUAAGGAGCAAACUAAUGCCGAUGACUGUCGUGAAAGUAAAGAUAUGAACUAUGGGAGUCAUAGUGACAGGAUAGAUUUGCCAUCUGAAUCAAAGAAAAGGAAUAGAGGAAAGAAUUCUUCAUUUGGAUCGCAACAUCAUGAUCAAGAAAAGGAUACACGUUCAGAUAAUACAUCUGCAGAUAAUUGGCGUAGUAAGGAUCAUAGGCAGUCAUGUGAUAGUUUCAACAGAGAUAAGACAGGACCUCCUCAGGGAAGAUCUUUGGGAGACGGUCGUCAAACAAAAAAAUUUAGAGAUCCUCGAAUGGAGAGGGGUGGUAAGUCUGCAAACUGGAGAGACGAUUCUCAAAAUGAGGAUUCUGAAUACAAAUUAUUUGAAGCAACUGAAAGGAGCAAUAAAGAAAUGAAAUAUGUCAGAGUUGAGGAAAAAACGACUGACCUAUUUGAAAUGCCCAAAGAGUAUUCGCUAGGUCACUGUGUCGCUGAGGACCUAAGUAUGGGUAGUGGCAUAGCAGUGCACUUCAAAGGAGGGAAUUCAAAGGACUGGGCGAGCUGUAUGACCAAAGACAAAAACAAGGAGGCUUAGCCGUGCUUGAGCAACAAAAUGGCGAAUCAAAGAGAUACAUCUAUUACCUAGUUACCAAAAGGGAGUCUUCCGGCAAACCGACAUACCAUACAUUUUGGUCUUCCUUGAAAAAAAUGAGAGAUCACGUUCGAGAUAAUGAAGUUAAGAAGUUGGCAAUUCCUCGUAUUGGAUGCGGUUUGGACAGGUUAGAGUGGUCCAGGGUGAAGCCUAUGAUCGAGUUUUUAUUCAGAGAUGUGGAUGUAGAAGUCGUCGUUUGUAAUUUCCAACAGAACUAUGGUCAGACUAAACAAAAACUGCAGACAGUUAAGAAGCCUACAAAGUCGAUAGAGAAACAGAAAACUGAUAAAAAGUCCAAAAAGCAUACAAAGAAAAAAAGAUAGUAGAUAUCAGCAUACUUAAAAUAUAAGGAAGUCGAGAUGCCAAUCAGAGAAGCAAGGGGUGUAUAUUGCAAGGUUGUCAGAGAAACGUAUCAUAUAGCGAAGCUCGAAAAUGGUUCCAUAAUAAUUUAUUUUUCAACCGAAGAUGGAUUCAUUUCUGAUGAAAUGCAUGCUCUGCAAAGCAAGUGCAAUUUUCUAUCAAAAUUCAAACAAUCUACGAAGACAAUGGGCGAAGUAGUUCGAUUUGAUGAUUGGCCGAACAACAAUAUAGUAUAUGGAUGUAUAGUCAGGCGAAAUACGAAGCAGCAUUUUCACUUCUCGAGUUUCGUGAAAUGUUUAGCAGAAAUCAAUAAACAAAACCGGCGUGAUGGCUUCAACUAUGUUGGUAUACCGGCGAUAAGGGAUGAAAAUGACCACUUACUGGAAUCUAAAGUUCUCAAUAUUGCGAAAACAUAUCUGAGGAAUGUGGAUAUAUACUAUUGUGCCGGAACCGAAAUGGAUGAUUCUUCACAAGAUAAAAAAGAGGAGUAAAUAUCCAGUUCUUUUGUUAGAAUCGUUUAAAACGAUAAAUUGAUAAUUGCCGAGCUUUCAAACAAAUUAUUACGAGGGUGGAUCAAAUACAAAACAGGAAUUCUUUUUUAAUAUUUAUUCAUAAAACAAUACAAAAAUGCUGUUGAUUAUCUUUUAUGUCAAAUCGAAAUCCUCCAAGUGCAUCUUUCAUGGGCGCAAACGAAUGAUAGUCACAGGGUGACAAAUCUGGGAUGCUCAAGAGUUUCCCAAUACAUAUCCUUCCAGUUUUUGCUUCGGUUCAGCUGGCAGAAGUAGGCAGCAUUAACCGUACGUGUAGAAAAUCAAUGAGCAACACUCCCUAGCAGUCGAAAAAGACGGACGGUCGCGAGGACUUUACCAUUUUUGGCUUUCACGGUGCCGGCGUCCUCUUUCCUUCGACAUUCUCUACUCUCCACCUUGGACUCGGAUGUGUAAUGAUGCACACGUCACGAUGCUUAAGAAAGUCUCUCCCUCCCGCCGAAAUAGAUUCAGACGUCUCCUACUGAUUCGUUGAAGCCAAGAUGCUUUUUGAUGAUUGUUUGAGCACUUCCAAAGCUAAUGCCCACUUAUAAAGCCACUUCAUGAAUAGUGAGCCGCCUGUCACUUUCAAUAAGCGAACAGCGCCAAUGUUGUCACCAGAGACACUUGAUCUUGUACGUCGAUUAUUACUAACAUUUCCUAAACGUUCUGGUCCGCUCUUAAACUUUUUGUCCCAUCGAAUACCCGAGUUCUAGACAGGGUAUCAACCCCAUACAGAGCCUCUAAUCCAGCCAAAAUCUCGUCAGAAACAUAACUCGUUGCUCAACGGACGGUGAACCGUGGCUGUACUGACGCAUUGACUGAGUGGAACAGCUCACCACGCGUUAUCCCCACUCCUAAUACACAAUACUGCAAAGACCUACACUGUGGGAGCGCUCGUGAUUGGCUAAGAAAAGAAUUUGUAAAAUUCCUGUUUAUAUUUGAUCAACCCUCGUACAUUAUGGCGUAGCUACUAAGUUGUACAUGUAAAGGCGCGUUUACACGUUUCUCGAAGCUUAACGAGCAAAUGAGCAUUUUGCGUUUUUGACACAAAAUAAUGUGCAUGCGACUUUACAUGUGACAUAAAAGUGAAAAACUAAGUUUUUUUUUGCGGUUUGAUUCAUUUAAAAUUAUGAUGCUCGAGCUGAAAUAAGGGAAAUAUUUAAGUUUUUGUGAAAUAGUAACUUCAGAUAGGAUAGGCAUUUUUCCAGAUAUUUCAUAUGCCUGUAUGUAUUUUAAUACAAUAUCUUUAUAGUAUUAGAAAUUGUGCCUUGCAUAGUUUUAAUCACUUUUAUAUACUGAAAUACUCGGAAUGUGCGAAGCAGACCACUUGACAUAAAACGGCGACUGCUUCAAGCAUUUACUAUAAUAUAUAUACAAGGUAUCUCAAAUAUUGCUUCUAAACAAAAUUGUUUAAAGAAUGUGUUUCAAUUUUCACGCACAUGUCAAAGUUGAUUUUUUUAAAAGGAAUGUCCUACUUUUAUUAUAUAUUCGGAUAGGCCCUUUUAAAAUAAACAGAUAGAUCUAAGAUACUUAUGAGUUUCGAUUAUUAGCUGUUGGGCUAUUGGGUAUUUUAGAUAAAAAACACCAAGGUUUGACAGCCUGCAUGCCUGCUGUCUUGACAGGCAGAGUAGUGAAUCUUGUGUCAAAAAAUGUUCAUUAUACCCAAUUUUAACCUAAUUCAUCGGUUUUUUGAAUUCCGCGAAUGAUCAAUUUAGGGUGAUCAAAAACGUAAGAUUUAAUUUUUCUCAAGAAAAUUAAAUGAAACACCUUGUAUACUUCAACAUUUUUAGAUUUCACUUUUUACGAGCUUUUCACUAAAGAUCAAGGGGCCUGUAUGACCAGUUUUGCAGUUACAGUUAGUUCUUUUUUAAAUAGGCUCACUUGAAUUUUUAUUAUGAAAUCCGCAUUUCAAUGUUCAAUGAAUUACAUCAACAUGGACUUGAUUUGAUUUCAUGGAAAAUGUUUAUUUUAAUGAAUUGGGAAGCUUUAGUUUUAUUUUAUGAUUUCUGUUAGUAAUAGUGUGGUAAAUAGCACAAUUUUAAAUAACUAAAAAACUUCAUAUACAAACACCAUUGCCCAUUAUAUCAGGGAAAAUCUUUUAAUGAGUGGGUUUCGAAAAUUUGAAAAUGUACUGGGUAUUUCACUUGACUUUUUCGAGAAAAAGUACGUUUAGCGUUUUUGACCACCUUGAUCAUUCAUUGAAAAAAUGGAAAAUUAGGUUAACAUUGGGUAUUAAAAAAAAGUGUCACAAAACUUAGUACUCCAUUUGUCAAGAUAGCAGGUAUGCAGGCUGUCAAACUUUGGUGUUUUUUUAGAAUACCCAAUAGCUCAACAACUAAUAAUAUAAUCAAACCCCAUAAAGUGUGUUAUAUCAAUCUUCUUAUUUUAAAAGGACUUAUCGCAAUGUGGAAUAAAAAUUAGAGCAUUUCGUUAAAAAAAAAUGGAACACCCUUUAGUUGGGACACCCUGUAUUUUUUAACAAAUUUGUUAUAUGUAUUAUAGUCAGUGUGUCAAUAUUUCAUGUUAUAUCAUGAUAAUAUUAGUUAUUCAUUAUAUUUAUUUGUUUAUUCUUAUUUUAUUCAUUCAGUGCAUUUUUAAACGGGUCUAGUUUACAAGCUGGAAUUCUGGGUGAUGAAAUUAAUGUAUGAAUACUAUAUUUUAGCGUAAAAGCGCUAGAUGUAGAUUUUUUUCAAAUGAAAGCGGGGGCUGUUUGCAGCUCCUUAAAAGUACUUUAUGAACCUAAAACAAUUAAUUAUGACCAUUCCAUUGAAAAAAUAUCAAAAUGUGCUGUAUGUCGUUUCACAUUGAGAAAGAUCCGUCCAAAAGAAUAAGAUUGCUAUACCAUGAAAUUUUAAGCAGUAGAAGUAUAAAUAAAGCACUCAACUAUGACAGUCCGCCAUUUUGAAUGGUACAGGGGUAUUUUAAUUGACCCACCUGACUUUGAUAUAUGACUUUCUAGAAAACAAAGUUUAUCAAAGUCAUAGCGUCUAAUAUGAGGUUGUGAGUAAUAUUUUUUUGUUACAGAAAAAUGCUAUCGAUUAAAGUUGUCUUUUUUAAAAGGAAUACCCUGUAUCUUCUGUGAAAAUGGUAGUGCCUUUAUUCUGAUUCCAAAUAUAUAUGGUUUAUCAUACUGAUUUUCAUUAGUUUGGACAAAAACUUAAGUUUGCAUGCCUAAAUUUGAACCAGUUUGCAUCUAACUGCUUUACUCAAUCUGGUAUUAGGCCAUAUAAAUAUGAUUAAAUGGCACACACAUUUAAUAAAAUAAUUGUAAAGUCUGGUUUUAUUGGUGCAAGUUGUUCAAGGGGGUAUUCAAAACAUGGACGCAUAAAAUGGGUACACCAAUUUUUGUGGGAAACCUUAUUUGACAAUAAAGAACGAGAAAACGUGUUUUUGUUAUUCAAUCGAAAGUGUUGACAGGAACGAAAAAACUUUUCAUAUAAGAUUUUUAGGUAUUUAUGAGACCUACAAAAAGAGACCACACGAAAAAAGGUCCGACUAAUAGCAAACAUGUUAUGGCCGAAAAACGAGGCAAAAUGCAGGUUUUAGCACUUGUCGGUAAUGCGACGAUAAUUUCACGCAACUACUUGAAAUUCUUCAAAUCCGUAGCAUUCAUACUUCUAAAUAACAACCAAAUUGGAGUAUAUCGGUUAAGUAGUUUUUUGAGAAUUACUAAUUGUUUAUCCCAACACACCUGUUUUCCAGCCAUCGCUACUAGUUUAUUCAGCAAUAAACAGCGUUUUGGGAUAAACAAUUAGAAACUCUCAAAAACUACGUGACCAAUCUACUCCAAUUUUGUUGUGGUUAUUUAGAAAUACGAGUCCAACGAAUUUGAAGAAAUUCAAAUAUCUGCGAGAAACCAUCGUCGCCUUACCAACAAGUGCCAAAACCUGCAGUUUGCCUCGGUUUUCGGGCAUAACUUUUUUGCAAUUCGUCGGAUCUUUUUAAAUGUGGUCUCAUUUUGUAGGUCUCAUAAAUACCUAAAAACCUUAUUCGAAUAGUGUUUAGUGUUUUCGUUCCUGCCAACACUUUCUAUUGAAUCCCAAAAAACAUGUUUUCUCAUUCUUUGUUCUCGAAUAAAAAGUUUUCUUACAAAAAUUGGUGUACCCAUUUUAUGCGUACAUGUUUUGAAUACCCCUUGAACAACUUGCAGCAAUAUAACCAGUCAUUUUCACCGAAAAUAUGCAGGGUGUUCCAUUUGAAAAAAUACAACUUUAUUCAAUAGCACUUUUCUGUAUACAAAACAAUAUUACUUGAACUACGUAAUAGACUCUAUAAUUUUUAUAUAUAAUAUUCUAGAAGGUCAUAUAAAAAAGUUAGAUGGGGGGUCAUUUUAUAACAGAACAGUAUGUUCUACAGUUAUAAAAUAAGGAGCUUCAAAAUCACAUGACCCCGAUUCUAAUUUUUAAAAAUUGCGUCAAGAUGUUUGCAGCCGCCAUCAUGAAAUUUUCAACUUUUAAAAUGUAGUAUUCGUACAUCAGUUCCACCAUCUUGAAUUUCAGCUUGUUCAUUUGACCCAUUCAAAAAAUAAGUAGCGAUAUGGAAAUUUUUGAAAAGCACUAUACGUUUAUGUUUAUACUUUAUCUGGACUGUUAAUGAAAUAAAUAAAUAAAUAAUCC